GCUGUAGGACGCACGGCCAGCCAUGUUCAAGACGAUCAUCGCCAUUUUGGCCGUCGUUGGCAGUAUUGCCGCCCUGCCCGGACGCCGGGCGCUUCCAUCCGGAACCGUGACCUGCGGGAGCAACAGAUACUCCGUGAGCCAGGUGGUGAACGCCGUCGACCAAGGAUUCGACCUGCAUGAGGAGGGCAAGACGCUGGGUUCGGACGAGUACCCGCACCAGUUCUUCAAUGACGAGGGCCUCGACCUGUUCUGUUCCGGCUCCUCGUGGCAAGAGUUCCCCAUUCUGGAGAGCGGAUCGUAUACGGGCGGCUCGCCAGGAGCCGACCGAGUCGUGUUCAACACGGCUGGCACGUACUGCGCCGUGAUUACACACACAGGCGCCUCCGAAGAAAAUGGUUUCGUCUCUUGCAAGGGCGAUUGAUAGUGGCGUCUGGCGGGAGCGUGUUGCGGCUGUUCUGCCGUGAUUAUAUGAGAAAUUGCAUGAGGACGGUUACGAGGACAAUGGAAGGUGCAUGUUGUACGUUACCCGUAAUUGAUAUCGGUGGGACUUGGCUGUAUCUUGCGAAGAGUGCGGGACGGGAUAUGCUGUAAGACGAAGGCAAUCAAUAUGGUGGAUGAACC